AUGUCGGAUAGAUAUAGGGAAGAGUCUCACCCCACCGAGGAGACCACCGCACAGCGCCGAAGGGUGGAAGGAGCGCCGCAGCGGCCAAGGUGGACGCUAUCGAGCUCUACCGAGGAUGUCCUUAAUGUACAGGUUGAUCAAAGCAACGGAAUUUUGCUGAACGACUUCCUUCGGCAGUACAUUGGCCCCAGCAGAGCGGUGGGUGAAGGCCAAAAUGUGUGGAUGGAGGUGUUUGUGCAGCAGCCCGCAGAACACGUUACAGACCAGAGGCUUCUUCGAGAAAUUCUCAAUUCCACCAGGGUAUCAGCUUUUUGA